AUGGGAGAUUAUGACAUGUCAAAUGCUCAAAAUUAUGGUUCAGGAACAUCAAGCACUGGCUUUGGAGGUAAUGGGGGGCAAGAAUAUGUGGUACUCGAUAGGUCCACCGAAGGCUUCUCUACAGGUACCUUAGAUAAAUCUACUGCUGCAAAAUUAAAAUUAGAACAUUUUUAUAAGGUCACGUUGGAUCAGGCGAGAGAACGACACGAAAGGUACGUAAAGCAGUCUUCCAGAACCGGAGUUAAAAACCCUAGGGUCGAGAAAUGUAUUGAACUCGAAAAAAAACUCGAAAAAGAGGAUUGUUCGGAGGAACGCAAGAAUAGACAACUUCAAUCACUUGGACGCAAAGAAUCAACAUUUUUGAGACUCCGAAGGACAAGGAUAGGCUUAGAGGAUUUUAUCACUGUCAAAGUAAUUGGAAAAGGUGCAUUUGGUGAGGUUCGGUUAGUCCAAAAAACUGAUUCAGGUAAGAUAUAUGCGAUGAAGACUUUACGGAAAGCUGAUAUGUUUAAGAGGGAUCAGCUUGCCCAUGUAAGGGCUGAACGCGAUGUUCUUGCGGAGUCAGAUUCCCCAUGGGUGGUCCAGCUAUAUUAUUCCUUCCAGGAUCCUUCAUAUCUUUAUCUCAUCAUGGAAUUUUUACCUGGCGGAGAUUUGAUGACAAUGUUGAUUAAGUACGAUACUUUCUCGGAAGAUGUAACAAGAUUCUAUAUUGCAGAAUGUGUUUUGGCCAUCGAGGCCAUUCACAAUCUAAAUUUCAUUCAUAGAGAUAUUAAACCAGAUAACAUUCUAAUUGACAAAGAUGGACACAUUAAACUAUCUGACUUUGGCCUCUCCACUGGAUUUCAUCGAACACAUGAUUCUGCAUAUUAUCAACGCCUAUUGGACGGGACCCUUAAUGGCGGCAAUGGGCACAGACAAUUGGGUAGCGAGACAAACAUUAAUCUAACAUUGUCGAGUAAAGAUAGGAUUGCCACGUGGAAGAAAAAUCGAAGAGCAUUGGCCUAUUCUACUGUGGGUACACCUGACUAUAUUGCACCCGAAAUCUUCUUGCAACAAGGAUACAGUCAAGAGUGUGAUUGGUGGUCACUCGGUGCUAUUAUGUUCGAAUGUCUUGUUGGAUAUCCGCCCUUUUGUAGUGAAAAUGCUCACGAAACUUACCGGAAGAUCAUUAAUUGGAGGGAACAAUUAUAUUUUCCCGAUGAUGUCCAUUUGAGCGCCGAAGCCGAAGAUUUAAUCCGAGGACUUAUCUGUGCACCCGAACAACGUUUGGGACGUCAUGGUAGCGAAGAAAUUAAAGCCCAUCCAUUCUUUGCAGGAGUGGACUGGGAUACCAUCCGUAACAUUGAGGCUCCAUUUGUGCCUAAUUUGACAUCGAUUACAGAUACUAGUUAUUUCCCUACAGAAGACUUGGAUAAGAUUCCAGAGCAACCUCAAGUAAACGAACGCGUCACUGGAGAAUAUAACCAAAAAGACUUGGCAUUUGUUGGAUACACCUUCAAGAGAUUUGACAAUCUGACAAGAAAGAAUGCUUUGUAG